GGAGUGUGCGCGGCGCUCGGGGUGAGCGGCGGGCCGCCCCGGGCCGCGCCACUUCCGACGCUGCGCUCGACGUGAGGUUCCGGGGCGCGCCGCUGGGCCGCGGCGGCGGCGGCGGCGGCGGCGGCCUGGGCUUCGGGCGGGAUGGAGGAGGCCGCGAUCGGGGAUGCCGAACUCAACUGGUCCCGCCUUAACGUGUCGGCCGAGGCCCUGGAGUCGGAGCUGGAGGCGCGCGCCGAGGAGCGGCGGGGCUCGCGGGAGGCGCUGCUGCGGCUGCUGCUGCCUUACACCCGGCUGACGUCGCUGCCGCGGGCGCUGGGCGGCGGCUUCCCGCACCUCCAGCUCCUGGACGUGAGCGGCAACGCGCUCACGGCGCUGGGGCCCGAGCUGCUGACGCUGAGCGGCCUGCGCACGCUGCUGGCCAGGAACAACCGGCUCGGCGGCCCGGGCUCGCUGCCCAAGGGCCUGGCCCGCUCGCCGCUCUGCCGCAGCCUCCAGGUGCUCAACCUCAGCGGCAACUGCUUCCAGGAGGUGCCCCCCUCGCUGCUGGAGCUGCGGGCGCUGCAGACCCUCAGCUUGGGCGGCAACCAGCUGCAGAGCAUCCCCGCCGAGAUCGAGAACUUGCAGAGUUUAGAAUGCUUAUACCUUGGAGGAAACUUCAUUAAAGAAAUCCCACCAGAAUUAGCAAAUCUUCCUUCUCUGAAUUACUUGGUGUUAUGUGACAACAAAAUCCAGAGUGUGCCUCCUCAGCUCUCACAGUUGCAUUCCCUUCGCUCCCUGAGUCUCCACAAUAACUUGCUGACAUACCUGCCUCGUGAGAUCCUCAACCUUAUUCAUCUGGAAGAGUUGAGUUUGCGAGGAAAUCCAUUGGUUGUCCGGUUUGUUAGGGAUUUAACAUAUGACCCUCCAACUCUUCUGGAAUUAGCUGCAAGGACCAUUAAGAUCCGAAGUGUUUCUUACACUCCCUAUGAUCUUCCUGGGAAUCUCCUUAGAUACUUGGGUUCAGCCAGCAAUUGCCCAAACCCAAAAUGUGGUGGAGUCUAUUUUGACUGCUGUGUCAGACAAAUUAAGUUUGUGGACUUCUGUGGGAAGUAUCGCCUCCCCCUGAUGCACUAUUUGUGUUCUCCAGAAUGCUCUUCCCCCUGCAGCUCUGCCUCGCACAGCUCCACGUCCCAGAGUGAGUCUGACUCAGAAGAUGAGGCCAGUGUUGCCGCGCACAGGAUGCAGAAGGUCCUUCUUGGUUAAGCAGCAGUGGGUGUUGACAAUGCUAAAACACUAAGCAAAGAUGAUUCAAAAAGAAAAUGAAGCUUGAAGUUGAUUGGAAGCCUUAGUGUUCAUCUUGACUGUCCAUGUAAGAGUUGCAGUGAUCUAUCCAUUCCAAAAGAGUCCAGUUCUGUGCUUAGGUUCUUUGAGUGUAAUUUAUUCUGAAUGGCAGUUCAGAAUUCAUCAGCUGGUUGGUCACAAUUUUUACAAAGUCUUUGAUCAAACACUAGAAGAAUGGUACACUCUGAGGAGCAGUCACAAUCAGCCUGGAGUGGUAUUACCUGGGGCCAUUGGGUUGACUAGACGUCAUCACAAUUGUGCUUCCAGAGUCGUCCUGAUCUGUGCUGAACACUAGGCUAUAAAUAGAAUGAGCGUCAUCCGUUCUUGAGCCUUUCUGACCAACCAACUGUUACCGUGUGGACCAUCACUUUUAAAUGGAAUAUUUAAACUUCAGCUCUUGUUUUGUGUGAUUGUUACUAACUAUAUGCAGUCUAGUUGUGAUGUGUUACAGUGCCUUAAUCAUAGUGAGGAUAUGGAAGCUUAUUCUAGAAAUGAUUUCAGAGAAGCCUGCAACCUGACACUCUGCAGAACACUUGGAAAUGUGCUUUAACAGGCUAGGUAAAGAACUGUGUAGAUAAUACCCGAGCCCUACAGGCCUGGAACUCUAUGUAGAAUGGGCUGGCCAGGAACUCAGAGAUCCACCUGCCUCCACCUCCUGUUGCCGGCAUUAAAGGUGCGUGCCACCACCUGCCUGCAUGACCAUCUUAACUUCAUUUUGUUAAUUGCAAUGAUCUCUUGUAAGCAUGGCUUUUACACUUAUGGGAGUGAUCAAUCUGUUUGCCAAAAGAUAGAAUAAUCUAUAAUAAUAUUUCCCAACAGGAAAAUCUAGAUGGCAAGUGAUCUAAGAAAAACUGCUUUAUAAUCGUGGACUAAAUCAAGAAAAGUUGGCCAUGUGGCCAUGGUUGUGCACACCUCCAAACCAGCACUAGGGGUAGAGGCAGAAGACGAGUUCAGAGUUAGCCUGGGCGCCAUUACUUGUCUCAAAGUGGGGGUGGGUUAGGGUGGGGGUGGAUUUUAACUAUCAAAUGUUGUUAACAUAAGGGGGCUGGCUUGUUUGUUGGGGUUUUCUGUCCUGCCCAGUACCCCCAGCUGUUUAGUCCCAGAGAAAAAUCACACAUAGAUCUCUAAGUUAUAAAGUUGAUUGGCCCAUUAGCUCUAGCCUCUCACUGGCUAACUCUCACCUUGAUUAACCCAUUUUUCUGAUCUAUGUUAGCCAUGUGUCUUAGUACCUUUUUCAGUGAGACAGAUCACAUCCUGCUGCUGCGGUGAUCUGGGCAGGAGAGGGAGGAAUCAACUUCCUCCUUCCCAGAAUUCUCCUGUUCUCAUCAUUUCUACUUCCUGUCUGGUUUUCCCACCUAUACUUUCUGCCUGGCCAAUCAGCGUUUAUUUAAAACAUGAUUGACAGAAUACAGACAAUUCUUCCGCACCAAAAUGUGUCUCUUUUGCUUUUAUUAUAUACUAAACCAAAACUUCCUCUGCAUUUGAAAGAAAAACUACAACUAGACAACAUAACAUGACUAUUUGAAGAUAGUCAGGAGUGGAGCUCAUAAUGUUCAUCUCAUAGAACCGUUGAGCACUGAGAAAGAAAUAUCAAUGAAACAGGACAGAAAACGCUAAAAUGUUGUAUCCUUAAAGUGUAGGAGAAAAGUAGCAACACAAAUUAUUGUCAUUGGAAAUUAACAGAUUUGCUAGCUAGUUGAUUACGCAAUAAAAACUAAUGUUAAAACUAUAGGUUGGAAUUAGGAAAUAUUGACUCUCAUAAUAAAUAAGCAGCCUGUAUGUAUAAGCGCUAACAGUAGGUUCAGAUCACAUGAGGGCGCCGGUGAUCUUGAAGAGUGCUUUGUUAGAAGCCAGCUGUAUGCCGACAAUAUUUGCACGGUAGGUUUCUUGUAUAUAUUGCUUUUAUUUUAGUAGAUUAUAUUAGUAGAGUAUAGGGUAAUUCAGGGUUUGUGUGUUUGUGUCAUGUCAUGAAACACGAGAGUUUCGUGGCUGCAGUUGUGAAACGCUGCUAUAGUGAGUCCCCUUACCUUUUCCUCAAGAUAGUGUAGUAAGAUAAUUUUUUAUUUAGGAAUUUUCUUCUGUGUUUAUAGAAGUGAUGUUUGUAGUGCUAGCAUAAUUAAUUGUACAAUAGAAGUUAUAGUCUUUGUACUUCCCAAGUAUGCAGCUGUAAGCUGCAGACUGCUGGAUUAGGACAGGCAGUGACACUUGGACAGUACCCAAGUGUCAAACUUGUAAAUGCUUUGUAAUUAGAUGACUUUACUUAAACAACAUAGAAUAUUUUCAUGGAAAAUGUUCAGAUGAUGGGACCCUAUUCUUCUGGUUUAAAUACUUCUAGUUUUUUGAUUGCUAAUCCUCUAGUACUAAGUGAUAGCUUGAGUAGCCUUUUAGGAAUUACUUGUAAAUAGCCUUGUAAAUAGAGCAUCUGAUGCUACUCUUUCCAGCUUCCUAGAGAGAAGCUGUACUGUUUCAUCUGUCAUAAAUGUAAAUAUUCCCGCCUGUGGCAUGUAGAUGUAUCUAUCCUAUGGAGUUCUUUCAAUGAAGUGUUUUUUAUGUGUGUAGUUAAACUCUGUGAACAGUGAGCCAGGUCAGCGUGUAGCUGUCUUUUGGGCAGGGGUUGGGUUUAUAGGGAUAGAUGCAGGGCCUUGUGCAUGCUAAGCAAACUUCAGUCAACGCCUAGCAUAGAUAGCUUUUAAUGAAGUUUUCUUUGGUAGCUGUUUUACCUUUUAUUUGUUUUGUUUUUAAUCCAUCUUUGGCCUUAUCCUUUACAAGAGCUGCCAAUGAUUGCUAAAAUCUUUUUUCUUCCUUUUUCAUCCUUUUCCUUUUUUAGAAAACAGAUUAUAGACAUUAGCUUAGUGAGAUAGGAAUUGGCCAUUUAAAAUUCUGAUCAUCUUCUGAAGUCAGCUGGAUGCCAUAGUGGUGGUGGUCUGCCUCGCUAGUUAUGAACCCCAUAUUUAUCCAGCUAAAGAACUCUCAGAGUUGCAGAAUUGGCGAGGGCUAAUUUUCAUAAUACAGCUAUUUUAUUUUCUGAGACAGGGCCUGGCUGUGUAGCUCAGGCUAGCCUUGAACUUACUGUGUGUAGCCCAGUCUUGCCUCAGCUUCCCAGCUGCUUGAGUCACACGGACCCAGCUCAGUAGAAGUGUGCCAGAGGGGCCUUUUGGUCUGAAAGUCUUGGUGUUUAAAUUUUUGUCACUAAUAUUAAAAAUAAACAUACAUUGUAAAUUGACUUCAAAUAUGAAAAAGUUGGGGGUGAUGUAAAUAAAAAUUAAAGGCAACUCUCAAUAGUGCAGCAUGUCAGUGCAGACCAGUUCUGACAGACACUGCAAAUACUGGGUUUAUGAAGGCUCAAGGAGAGACUCCUUGCUUGAAUGUUAAGAAAAACAAAUCUUUAGAAGCAGCAAAGGAUAGGGAAAAUUAAGCCAGUGAAGCUCUGUUGAGUAAUAAGGAAUUGUUUUAAAAUUGACUUGCUAAGUGGUCUGUUGCUGGCAUCUGAUAGCCUGGUCACUGAGUUUAAUACUGUUAUUAUUCUAUUGGUCCCUGUGCUGGAGGCUGCUCCAUUGCUCUGGUAAAGUAGAGCCAGCAAGCUGUAGGCUCUCUCUUACCCUUGCUCUUACCAGAGCUGGAAAGUAGUUUCUCAUUGGCCUCGUUACUAGUACAGCAGGUAGCCUUGGUGAAUCGCACUUUUUUCUUUUAAACUGCAAAUUAAACAUUUAGUAGUAGCUCUUUGCAUAAAAACAUGUUUAUUCUCUAAGUUCCCAUGUGAGUGCUUUUAGAUAGGACUAUCAGUAAAAGUGUAUAUGUAAAAUUAUUUAGCUGCAUUUAAAGUGCCUAAUUUUUACCUAAUUAAUUUGCCUUUCAUCUAAAAGUAGAUUUUAAGUAUUACUCUCCAUUUAAAUCAACGUACUGCGUUUUUAAGUUAGGCUAGGCAGUGUGACCCUGGUGAAGGGUGCUGUGUAGGCUUCAGGUGUGGGACCUAUAGCAUGUAACUCUGUUUCUUUGCUUAGAAAAAAAGUGUUUAAUGCUAAGGAUUUAAUAUUAUGUAACAUUGAUUCAGUAGCAUGUAGUUUUAUAUUUUCAUCAUCAUGUAAUCUUUUUGAUAGUAUAGUUGGUAGCAGUAUCCUUUGUGGUCUGA